AUGUCCGCGGCCCCAUUACAGGUGGUUAAUGAGCGACAACUCAACACACGGACGGCGCAUAUAUAUACACCCACAAGGACGACGGGCGGCAAAGAAAAUUUACAUUUAAGUGGAAGCAAACGUGCUGACCAGCUCCACGAUCAGCACCGGCAACCUGCACCAAAGAAGAAGAAGGAAAAGCUUUCUGCACUCUGUAAGACACCACCAUCACUAAUCAAGACCAGAGGCAGAGACUAUCAUAGGGGCCAUUUCCUUGGUGAAGGGGGGUUUGCAAGAUGCUUUCAAAUCAAGGAUGAUUCUGGUAAGAUAUUUGCGGCCAAAACAGUAGCGAAAGUCUCUAUCAAAUCUGAAAAAACCCGGAAAAAACUGCUGUCAGAGAUUCAAAUUCACAAAAGCAUGAGACAUUUCAAUGUUGUACAAUUCGUUGACUGCUUUGAAGACGACACUAACGUUUAUAUUCUGCUAGAAAUAUGCCCCAACGGCUCUUUGAUGGAUCUAUUAAAGCGGCGAAAAGUUCUGACAGAACCCGAGGUGAGAUUUUUUACAACACAGAUCAUCGGUGCUGUGAAGUACAUGCAUAGCAGACGUGUCAUUCACAGAGAUUUGAAACUAGGCAAUAUCUUUUUUGACAAGCACUACAACUUGAAAGUUGGUGAUUUUGGACUGGCUGCUGUCCUGGCCAACGACAGAGAGCGGAAAUUCACUGUAUGUGGUACGCCAAACUAUAUUGCACCCGAAGUUCUCACGGGAAAACAUACAGGUCACUCCUAUGAAGUUGACAUAUGGUCAUGUGGCGUUAUGCUUUAUGCCUUACUGGUAGGUAAGCCACCAUUUCAAGCUAAGGAAGUAAACAUAAUCUACGAGAGAAUCAAAAACGGCGAUUAUAUCUUCCCAAAGGAAAAGCCCAUCUCUAAUGAUGCUACGACGCUAAUUAAGGAUUUACUAUCGAUAGAUCCAUUAGAGAGACCCUCUCUUGACGAAAUAAUGGAUUAUGUCUGGUUUAGGGGCCUCUUUCCCCCACGAAUUGACUCUAGUGUUUUGACUGCUACGCCCCUGUUUGAAGACCUUGAUUUGAAACAGUCGUUGCGAAAUUUUAAGGCAUGUAUGACACAAUCCGGAUUGGUCUCAGGGUCGUCUUCCUCUACUAAAGAUCCAAUCAAGUUAGUCAAAAACGAUCUUGAACAAGAGAGAAGCAGAACGAUACUACCUCACUCCUUAUCACCUGGUGGUACAAAGAAUAAAUAUCAAGAAGUUGUGGACCUAGAUGCUCAAAAAAAGUUGAAUGACUUGGCCCGUGAAGCCAGGAUGAGGAGGGCUCAGCAAGCUACAAUUAAAAAAGACUUAAUUGCUACCUCCACAAAUGCCAUCAAAUCUGAAAUCUCAUUGAGGAUACUGGCAAGUGAAUGCCACCUAACGCUGAAUGGUAUCUUGGAAGCAGAAGCGCAAAAGCGAAUGGGUGGAUUACCCAAAUCAAGACUGCCGAAACUGAAAAAUCCUAUUGUGGUAACGAAAUGGGUAGACUAUUCCAAUAAGCAUGGAUUUUCAUACCAAUUAUCAACAGAUGAUAUUGGAGUAUUAUUCAACAACGGAACAACGGUUCUCAGGCUAGCCGAUGCGGAAGAGUUUUGGUAUAUCAGUUAUGAUGAACGAGAAGGUUGGGUCGCCAGUCAUUAUAACUUGAUGGACAGACCACAAGAACUGGCAAGACACUUAGAAGUGGUGGAUUUUUUUUCGAAGUACAUGAAGGCGAAUUUGAGCAGGAUCUCGACUUUCGUUCGCGAGGAAUAUCACAAAGACGAUGUUUUCCUUCGAAGAUACACUCGCUACAGACAGUAUGUGAUGUUCGAACUAAGUGACGGGACAUUCCAAUUCAAUUUCAAAGACCAUCAUAAAUUUGCAGUCUCUGAGGGCGGAUCCCUGAUAACAUACAUUUCCCCUGACCGAGAAAGCUACACUUACCCUACAGUGGAGCUUUUGAAGACCGGGGAAAUACCCGGGUGUCCAGAUAUCGAUUUUACCGACAAGCUUUUCUUGAUAAAAGAAGGUCUGAAGCAGAAAUCUGCUAUCGUUUCUAAUACGCAGGCACAGUUGUAG